CAGAGGUUUUAUCUCUAAUGAGUUUUUCCUCAGACAAAUCAGGGAAUAGACCCAAAAAUAUCAAGGAAAGCCAGAAGAAGCAGCAGAAGUCUGGCCAGAUUCUCAGCAAAAGUACCAAUGCUCCUUAUUGUCUGAGAAUGAGGCAUUCAGUCCUUUGUUUCUGAGCAGGGACAAGAAAAGUACUGGCUGUUCAGCUGCUUGUUCCUCAAGUUCUAGAAAGGCUACUGGGUUUGUUGCUGAGAAGAUAUCAUCAGAAGCAGAGUCAAAUUGUUUGUUGAAACAAGUUGCUAAUGCAAUUGAUCGAAUUGAAUUCCAGAUUUCAGCUUUGCAGCUGUGCUCUGAUCGGGCUAUGUCUAGUUCAGAUAUGCCUGUAAUACAGAAAGAACAAGGGGUAGUUAAAAAGAACCGACUGAGUCAAUUUGCUGAUUCUGUUUCAGAUAAAAGUAAGGUGGUGAGUCGACAAGCGAGUUACAUCAGGAAUGAACUGGUGAGGCAGCGAGUUAAUGAGUCCAGUGGCCAAAAUGUUCAUGGGUUAAGGCUUCCACCAUGUCCCAAUGAUUUCUCACAUAGACGACCUCCUUUGCCUUGUACAAGACCCAGUCCUGCUGGGAAAGAACCACGUGGAGUCAUGGUGAAAUCAAGACCUCAUUCAACAAGAUCCUUCAGACCCGCUGAGCUUGUUCAGAAUCAAAGCAUUCCAUGUAAGAUGAUCAAGCCAAUUGGCCCACGACGCAAGCUUCUGCCAUGUCAUCAAGAAUCAUCAGAGGAGACUAAUUCUACUACCGCUACCAGUUCGAUCCCACCGUCUGCUUCCUCGAGCUGGACAAGUCGGGAAACGAGCAUCAGUGGCUAUGAUAGUUAUAGCACGGAAUCCCCAUCAAGAAAGUCUGCAGAGGCGUCUAAUCCGAGUAGCUCAGAGUCGGAAGGGAGAAGCUUUUCAUAUGAGAAUCGUCGUAGUGGUAGAGAUGUGGGUCGUACUCAAGCACACAGAUCAUCAGGUCAAAUCGGACGGUUGAGAAGGUUGAAGAACAAGCUUGGGUUCAUCUUCCAUCACCAUCACCACCACCACCACCACCAUCAUCAUGGCGGUGAAGAUGCAGGAGAAGGCCACAGGAGAUCCAAGUGGAAGUACGUGCACGGGAUGUUUGGCCACAGAGGGAAGCGUGAGGGAGCCAUUGAUAAACCCAGAAACUCAACGGUUAAUAGCGUGACACGUAAGCAUCAGGUUGGGCACUUUCAUGCACUUGUAGAAGGAUUGAUGAGGCACGUGAAGCAUUCGAAGAAAUCAAAGCCAGGAAUUCAUGGGCGGAAGAAGUCGCAGUUGGGGAAGAUGUUGAAACGACGCCGUGGAGUGAAGCUGCCUAAAAAAGGGCGUGUUAAAUUAGGGUUUACCGGUAAAAAACCACGGCUUCCAGGAACAAUUUGAAGAUGCAUAAUUAAUUUUUUACUGUU